UCCAACCAUGUCAAGCCCUCUAGUCAAGGUCCUGCAUAGGAUGCAGGCGCUCUUUUCGAACAUCGUCGCCGCUCUGGAGACGAUGUUAUUGUUCCCGUCGUUAUUCCGCGAUUCUUCACGCGGGGGAGGGAAGUCCCGUGCAGCUUUCCGGCGAAGACGGGCUCUUGAUGCCUUGGCGGAUGAGAUCGAAAUCAUUUUCUCCAAGCCCUUAACCCUGAAGAACAUGCUUGCAAUGUCAGAGAAGAUCCGCGAGCAGUUUAGGGCGGGUCUAGAAUCUAGCCCCAUCAAUAUGUUGCCUUCUUAUAACCAUGCUCUACCUACUGGACUCGAGCAAGGGACAUUUCUCGCCCUUGACGUUGGCGGCUCAACGAUGCGAGUGGCUCUGAUUGAACUUUGCGGGCAAGGAAAAAUGGAAGUCCUUCGUGUAUCCUCGUCACUGAUUGACAAUGAUGUCAAAUUGCUAGAGGGGACUUCAUUCUUUGACUGGAUGGCCGAGAAGAUUGAAGAGAUGCUACGCGAGGUGGGCACCAACUACGGACGUGAAGAAGCUCCAUUAUCCAUGGGAUUGUCAUGGUCUUUCCCAAUCGAGCAGACUUCGAUCAGCAGUGGACUGGUGAUCCAUAUGGGUAAAGGGUUUCGGUGCUCUAUGGGAACCGUUGGGCAGGAAUUAGGGUCCCUCAUCGUCCAAUCGUGUCAGAAACGCGGUCUCAAUGUCCGCGUGGACGCGAUUGUGAACGACAGCUCUGCCGCAUUGCUUUCGCGAGCCUACGUCGACCCCACAACCCGUAUGUCUCUCAUUCUUGGGACCGGGACGAAUGUGGCCAUACAUUUCCCCGUUCACGCUAUUGGGCUCGGAAAGUUUGGCAAGAGGCCACAAGGCUGGUUCGACUACGCUAAGCAUGUCAUCAUCAACAGCGAGAUGAGCAUGUUUGGGGGUGGAGUUCUGCCAAUGACACGGUGGGACGACAUACUCAACCGCACCCACCUCAGGCCAGACUACCAGCCACUGGAGUACAUGGCCACGGGGCGCUACCUCGGCGAGAUUGUCCGACUCAUCAUUGUUGACGCAGUUGAGACUGCCCAACUGUUCGGCGGAGAACUGCCUCAUUCAAUGCGGGAUGCGUAUUCAUUAGAUACUAGCAUCGUUGCCUUUAUCGAAGCCGACACAUCGCCCUUCCUAACAGCAUCAGCCGCACUUCUCCAGAAAGAACACACAAUGUCUAGGCCGCCAUCCCCGGAGGACCUACGGUUUCUCCUGCGAGUAUGCCGAACCAUCUCCAAACGAGCAGCUGGGUAUCUCGCCACUGCUAUCCACAGCAUGUGGUGCCUGCGAAAUGAAGCCGAAAUCUCCCAGGGGCCUCCGUCGCCUUCUUUCAAGGGGCCUCGGGACGUUACCGUCACGGAGAGCGGGAGCAACUCUGACUGCCUGUCCAUUGCAUGCGACGGCAGCGUCAUCAAUAAAUAUCCCGGUUUCAGAGAUCGCUGCCAAGCGUAUCUGGACCAAUUGACGCAGGAGACAAAUACGUCCAAGGUAUCCCAGAUUUCAGAGGAAGGCUCAUGCAUACGUCUGGAACCUGCUCCUGAAGGUGCCAUAUUCGGCGCAGCUGUUGCUGUUGCGGUCGCGGUGGCUGGAAAGCUUGAGCAAACGAUAGUGUGAGAUUGUGGAUCCAUCGAUGAUCAAGGAUAAUUUGCAUUGAACGGUGUUCUCUCUGAAUUGGGGCAGUGUCUAUAUCUUACAUGCUUGAUUUUUUGUAUGCAUCUCAUCUUAAUUGUGCGGUAUUCAGGGCUGGGCAUCGUGCUUGCUUGCAUACACCGCUCUAUUAGGAGCAUUGGCUUCAAGGUGGUCAGAUAGAGGUAGCACUCUGUAAAUAACGAUAAUUCACAUGAUAUUGGAUU